GGGAAUAAUCCGUAUUUUAUCAAAGGCGCGACUUUAUAUUGUUCAAACCGAUUGUCUACCAGGAUUUAGGUAAAAUCUUGCUCUAAAUCCGUUACCCCCUCUAUUUCUCUCUUUUGAUUUGGUCGGGUUCAUCAAAUCCCACCCCAAUCCUGGAAGCCAAAGUCGUAGGAAGUCUCCAAUCCAAAGUCGAUAUCUGGUUCGAAUAUCCAUUAACUCUGCAAUGCGGGAGGCCGAACGUUUGGUGCUCAGGCUCGCCAUGUUCUCGCGGUUUCUCCUACUAUCUCUGAUCAUCACAUGGAGAUUUCUCUUCCCGCCCUACGAUUCUUCAGCUCAACUUAACCCUAGCUGCCUCUCAUCUUCUUCCAAUGUCGAUGAUCUCUUGCAUUUGGCGGAAGCUGGUCGAGUACUGUGGCCGAGGAUUGGGGCCUUGAUAGAGGGAAGUGUUGUGUGGGACAGUGUCUGCUUUGUCCGGAUUGCGGAGUGUGGUUAUGAGUACGAGCAAAACUAUGCUUUCCUUCCCCUCCUUCCUUUGUCUAUUUCCUUGCUCUCGGGUUCCGUUUUUGCUCCUUUGAUCCCUGUGAUUGGAUACAGAGCUGUACUGGCGCUAUCGGGUUAUGUUCUGAAUAAUAUUGCGUUUGUUCUUGCUGCCAUUUAUUUAUAUAAAUAUUCAAAGAGCCUUUAUGCGUUAUUUUUAAUUUGUGGUAUAUUCUAUCUAUUUUCUGGUUCAAAUGCUAUGGCCAUGCUCCUUCUUGCCGUGUCUGGUGCAGCUAGGUCAAAUGGAGCCAUUAAUGCUGAAUAUUUUUGCUUAAAGGAAUUGCUUCAAACUUAUGAUGCCAUCACCUAUAAAAGGAGUAUCAGUCUUGGUCUGCAGGCUAUUGUUAAUGGAGCCCUUUGCUCAGUUUGUCUGUUAGUUCCAUUUGCUGCUUUCCAAGCUUAUGGAUACUACAAUAAAUGCUUUCACGGUGCUUCAGAUGGGUUAAGACCAUGGUGUAGCUCAAGAGUACCUAAUUUGUAUGGUUAUCUUCAAAGUCACUACUGGGGUGUUGGCUUCUUGAAGUAUUUUGAAGUGAAGCAGCUGCCCAAUUUUCUUCUCGCAUCUCCCAUACUCACCAUUUCCAUUGCCUCGGUUAUUUAUUAUGCAAGUUUACUGCAGCAAAGUCUUCAUUCAUUCAGAAUUACUUCUGAUCCACAUGGGAAAGAUCAUUCUGGAGAACUUAUUUCUUCAGAUAAUAGCUCUACUUCUUUGGAGUUUAAAGGGAAUCAUGAUUUGCCAAGGAGGAAAAGUAAGAAUAAACCGAAGUCUUCUGACAAAUCUCAUUUUGUGGAGCUUGAAAUAGAUUCCUUCAUUAAAUUUAAAAAAGGAUACUGCUCAUGGCACUCUUUGUAAUGCACGUGCAGGUGGCUACAAGAGUUUUGUCUGCCAGCCCACCUAUUUACUGGUUUGCUUCAUAUUUAGUGCUCUCUCCAGGCACAACUUCA